UAUCCAACAUUUAGUUUGUUUUCAAAGAAUUAAAUCGAAAGUUAUUAUCAAAAUGCGCGCCGCUUGUCUUGCUUUGCUCAUCGCAGCAGUAACCAUUGUUUCUGCCGAUGUCAAGUUGGGAUUAUAUUCCAAACUCAAGCCAGUACCUUAUUCAAUGGAAGUUGUUGAAGAUUCACCAAAAUUCAGUAAAAGCGAGGAAUUCGUCAAUAUUGUUGAUUAUUUGAAUGAGAAUGCUUCUGGCAAUGAUUUGUACGAUAUCAUCGAGUGUGUCAAUGAUGCUCUUGAUGAUUUCGAGCCAGAGAGUCGUUCAUUCAGCAGUGUGGCACAAGAAGUCUUCCAUGAAAUCCCAUGGUCCAAAAUUAACCAAUACGUUAUGUCAAAAAUGUCUGGAAAUCCUAAAUUCGCUAAGGCCUACGCUAUCUUGAAUGAUCCUGAAUUCAAGAACUUGUUGAACACAGCUGUGAACUCCGUUGCCCUAAAGAACUACGUUAAAUCAGUUGAAGCUAAUGGCUUCACCUGGUCAGCAUUCGCUAGCUUUGCUUUUAAGGCCAUUUGCGAUACAGCUAUUGUGUCACACCACGAUGUCUACUCAGAGGGAGUUUGCAAAGUAUUGAAGAGCUUGUAAGAUGUUAAAUGAAAUUAAGAAUGUUUAUAAAGUGGGUUGUACUUGUAACGAAUAAAGGUAUCAGGGACUAAA